AUGACUGGCAGUCCAUGUAAGAGACCUGCCUGGAGUGACUAUGCCUUUGAUUCAAAGCACAGAAAAGAUCCUGAAGACUCCCACGAGGCCCACCAGAAGAAGUCAAAAGAGAAGGAAAGGAGACUGGCAGUCAGUCAGUGGGACAUGGAUGUACAGCCCCUCAUUUCAUCUUCUAAAUGGCUUCAACUUCAUGGGCUCAAAAGAAAUAAAUUGUCCCUAUCCCAGAUUUUGUCACAGAUUGGAUUCCAGCACAGGAAAGAUUAUGUGACCACCUUGGGGAAACUUGUGGCUUCUCGGUAUGCAGAUGGUCUGUUUCCUCAAUACAAGAGAGCACAAGAUGGCAGUGUGUAUAACCUGACAGCCAAAAAAGAACUGAUUCUUCAUUUUCUGGAUUGUCUAAUGGGAGCUAUUGAGUUAUAUAAGCAGCGAAUGGAAUGGUUAACCAGUGAGAGCCGGCAGAUAUUUGGAGUGAUUCAAGAACGUUGCAUUGUCAUUGUUUUGGAUUUUGGUACUGCAGCUCCAACUGAAUUUGAUCUAUGUCGGGAUGCACUUACUAUGGUACUUCUGGAACAGGUGACCCAAAUUGCCAAAUUCAACCUCAUUCGGGCUGCUCAGGAUCUUAUGAAGUGGCAACAGAAAUCUACUCCUGUGUCUGAGCAUACUGUAAAGUCUGCUGUUACGUGGCUCUGGAAGCUGGACCAUAUGACAGCUGCCAGCCAUACCAACUCUGCUGAAGCCCUGCUGGAAGCCAUGAGUGAUGAGGCGGUUGAAGCCAUUUAUUACUUUGCUGUGGGUGAUGUUCCAGUGGACACAAAGCAGCUACUUCUUGAGAAGGUUUCUGAUGGCCCCUGUCCAGUCAACACUGUUUCUUUCAAUGCUAGGGAAGAUGAAACUAUUAUUUUUCUGAAAGAGUUGAGCUGCUUGGCCUCUGGCAGAUUCCAUGCUUUUGCUGAGAAGAAUGACUACAGAGAUGCUACUGGACCUGCACCAAAAUGUGAAGAGGAUGGAAAAGGUCUAAGUGCCCUGAACUCCAGAAAAGUGAAAGGGCGAAUGCCUCUAGUAGCUGGUGUCCGUGAAGAUGUCUUUCUGAUCUGGAAGGAGUUGGAGGAAGCGAGGAGUACAGUAAGACAAGUUCAGCAAAUUUUAUCAGGAUCUGACCAGCCUGCUUCUCGAGAUGCAACCAAAGCUGAUCAUCUGUUACAAAAGCAUACAUGUGACAAAUAUUUGUCUUCUGAGAAGUGGUUGCAGAAGUAUGGCUUGAAAGCUCAGAAGCUCACAUUGUACGAUGCGCUUGCUGAUUGUACUUUUCGCCAUGCGGAUGGGAUUGUUGACAUAAAAACUAAACCAGAGGAUGAAUCUUCACAAACUGAUGCUGAGACAAAGAGGAAGGUAAUUCAUGCAAAAUACUGUGACAAGUUUGUACAUACCUUCUGGAAAGAUGGAUCUGUAGUUCAUGUAUAUGUUAGUACAGAAAAGUAUAAGCAGUACGAAGAGAAAAUGAGGAUGGCUCUCAGACAGGUGGAAGGAAGGAUUAAGUGGCUUCAACAAGGAAGCAGAGGGCUCUUUGGUAAUGUGUUUGAAGAUCAUGUCUAUAUUCUUAUUGAUACAUCCCAGUCUAUGGAAGACAAGCUGCCACUGGUGAAGGAGAAAAUAUUUCAGCUCAUACAGGAACAAUUGAGACACAAAAAGAGAUUUAACUUUGUGAAAUUUAGUGCCCAAGCAGUGGCAUGGCAAGAGAAACUUGCUGAAGUUAAUGAGGAAAAUUUGCAAGAAGCUUGGCUUUGGAUAAAAGGGCUUGAG